UAGUAUGCGCGCAUUCUAGUGCAUAUGCUAACUAGCUAUAGUGGCUCAAGCGCUAAAUUUGAACUGUGUGGUAGCAUACUAUCUAGACCACUAGGCAGAGCUGGUUAGUUGGCCUUUUAUCAGUCAGUAUAUGUGUGCUGUCAUACUGGCCGUUGGAGAAAUUGCUUCAUUUCAGUACGAGGAUGCUGCGAGCUCGGAGAGCAGUAACGGCAAAAGUGUAUAAGGAACCGACUACAGAGGAUGACCCCAUAGACAGCCCAGUGAGUGAGGAGGAACCAGAGGAAUGGCUGCCAGAGGAGAAGACCAGAGGAAGAGGGAGGAGGAAGAAAGGAGAACCAACUGACAUGAAACCGGUCACUAAACGAGCAGCCAAACCCAGAGAGUCCAAACCUAAAGAGUCCAAACCUAAAGAGCCCAAACCAAAGGCUGAGAGAAAGCCUAGAGCACCAAGGGUCCUUAAAGUAAAGGAUGAUGUCGAUAAAGAGAAAGGAGAAGACAACAACAACAAUGCAGAUUUUCAUCAGGAUGAAUCACUGCCACAAGUGCGGGUUAAGGAAGAGAGGCAGUCUAUCAGCAUGGACACGGUGUUCAGUACUGCUGCUAUUGCACAUGAAGAGCCAUCGUCCAGUACACAGCUCCCUGUGGUGAAAAAGGAAGAGCCUGAGGAUGACUUUAACUUCAAUGAGCCAGUGCAGAAAAAGCGGAAGACCACAAGUGCGCCUCAGGGCAAACCAGUCAACAUAAAGUCUGCUAAUACUUUACGGGAUGAACUGCAGAUGAACUGGGACCCCGUUCAGGUUUUAGCUGAGAAGACUGGAGUGGAGCAGUGGGUCUGUGGUAAUAUCGCUCAGCUCCUGCGGGAGGAGAACACCAUCCCGUUCAUGGUGCGCUACAGGAAAGAGCUGAUCAACCACAUGGAUGCAGACUCAGUGAGAGAUGUGCAGCUUGCUUUGGAGGACCUCUGCUCAGUGGCAAAGAAGUCUCAGUCCAUCACCCAAACCCUGAAGAAGGAGGGAUGUUUGACCUUUGAACUUGAGAAAACUCUGAAGGACUGCAAAAGUGCUGAUGAACUGGACCAUGUGUAUGCACCAUAUAAGAAGGGCAGUAAGUUGUCAAAGGCGAGGCGAGCGAAGCAGCUAGGUCUAGAGGCUCCAGCUCUGGCUCUUCUGCAGUCACCCCAAACACUUGACCUGCGCUCAUGGAUCCAGCCCAACACUGAAGGUUUGUACACUCUCGAGGAGGUUGCCACAGGUGUUGAGCAAAUUCUAGCUGACAUGAUUGCUAAAGACGGCGAGACGCUGACCUACAUCCGAUCACUGUGUGAUAGGAGUGACGUGACAAUCCAGUCCACAGUGUCUAAAACGGCUCUUAAAGAGCAGCAGCAGGCAGAUCAGAAGAGCAAGCCUAAAGACAUUUCAAAAUUCAGCCUGUACAGUUCAUUCCGUUGUAGUGUGCAGCGAAUCCAGCACCACCAGACGCUGGCCAUUAACCGAGGGGAGAAUCUGAAGAUUCUGUCAGUGAAGGUUAACAUCCCCGACUGGGUGAAGGCUGACUUCUGUAGGUGGUGUGUCAACGUCAGGUGGAGGCCACAAGGGUUUGCGCGUCCAGAGUUGAUGAAAAUUUUAAAUAGUGCUGUAGAGGAUUCCUACAAGAGACUUCUAAUGCCCUUUCUCAGCAGAGGCUACAGGACUAAGAUGACCACCAGUGCGGAGAAGGAAUCCGUUGCUAUGUUUGUGCGUAAUCUCCGGCAGCGGCUGUUGGUGUGCCCUGUGCGUGGGCGUGUCCUCAUGGGUGUAGAUCCUGGAUUUCGCCAUGGCUGCAAACUGGCAAUCCUCUCACCCACCAGUCAGAUCCUGCACACAGACGUGGUGUACCUGCAUAGCUCAGGCAGGAAUAGAGAGGCUGACAAACUGCGCCACCUCAUGCUUAAAUAUAGCUGCCAGACUGUUGUCAUAGGAAAUGGCACAGCAUGCAGAGAGACGGAGUCUUUCUUUGCUGAUCUCAUCAAAAGUGGCUUUUUCAAACCUUUGGAUGUGUCCUACUGUAUCACUAAUGAAGCUGGAGCAUCCAUCUACAGUGUCAGUCCAGAGGCAGUAAAAGAAAUGCCAGACCUGGAUCCAAACCUGAGGAGUGCAGUGUCGAUUGGAAGACGAGUUCAGGAUCCUUUGGCUGAACUGGUCAAGAUUGACCCUAAACACAUCGGCAUUGGUACUUACCAGCACGACAUGUCGCAGACCUUGCUGAGGACGGCACUGGACGGUGUGGUGCAGGAGUGUGUGAGCUUCGUGGGAGUGGACAUCAACAUCUGCUCCGAGACGUUGAUGAGACAUGUUGCAGGUCUGAAUGCAGGCCGGGCACGAAGCAUAGUGGAGUGGAGGGAAAAGAACGGGCCUUUUUUCAACCGAGAGCAACUGAAGCUGGUCAAAGGCCUUGGCCCAAAGAGCUUCCAGCAAUCUGCCGGUUUCAUCCGCAUCAACCCAGAGACCACACACAGCUUUGGCUCAGGUGAAAACUCAAGCUCUACAACUGCCGAGAAGUCAACAGCUAAGAAGAGCAAAGGCAUCUGCAACAAACCUAAUCCUCUGGACCAAACGUGCAUCCAUCCUGAGUCAUACAGCCUUGCCAUGAGGUUCUUGUCUCAGAUUGGUGGUAGUUUGGAUCAACUGGGUAGCACAGAGCUCCAGCAGCAAGUUAAGAGCACAGUUAUGAGCAGUAGUCUGGAGUGUUUGGCCCAGACUCUCAACACCUGCCCUGAAACUUUGCAGCUCAUUGUGGAAGGCCUCACUCAACCACCUGGCUUUGACAUCCGUCAGGACUUUGAGCAAGCAGUGUUUAAGCGAAGUAUUGUGUCCAUGAAUGAUCUCCAUGAGGGCACGGUUCUAACAGGGCAUGUGGAAAACACUGCUUUAUUUGGGGCGUUCGUGGACAUAGGAGUGGGCCGGUCGGGCCUCAUCCCAAUGCGCUACAUCACUCAAGAUAAACUGCCUGCUGACAAGAGGCGAAGAAGUCUAGCUAUAGGACCAGGAGAGCGAGUUGAAGUUCGGGUUAUAAACGUGGAUCUUCAGAGGAACCGGAUCACCUUGGACCUAAUUAGGGUUCUCCGAUAGGAUGCCCAGAUCAAAGUAAACAUUUGACAUUCUACUUAUAAUAAGUAAUGGCAAAAUCUAAAAACUCUUUGUAAUUCACAUUCACCUAUAGGCCUGGUCCUACCCAAGUAAUUGCAUUGUGCUGAAAAGCUCAAGUUCAAAACUUGUUUUGAAGUUAUUUUUGAUUUUGUAGUUAACACUAAUGAAUAAUGGUUCAGUUAAAUGUCCUUGACAAUACAUAAUUAAAGAGUUUUCUGUA